AUGGAGUACAGGGCCCUCUACUACGAGCCGUCCGGUCUCUGUAUGACCGGAGCAGGAGCUUGGUUGCAUUGCUGCUCAGCUGACACAUUCAACAGCAGACAGCUUUUUGUAUCACUCUGUUUCACUGUGGGAGGAAACGGGUACUACACCUUUGGCUCCGGAACUAAACUGUAUGUAACAGAUGAGCCGGUAGCGAAGCCCGUGGCGAGCGUGUACCCGGCGGCGCCCAGAGCCCGCCUGGAGGGCCGGAGCGCCCUGCUGUGUCAGGCCUCGGCCAUGUUUCCCCCUGUGGUCCGGUUCUCCUGGAAAAGACGAAAGGAGAACGGUCCUCUGGAGGAGCCGCCCCCCGCUGAGACAGAGCAGCUGGAGCUCAGAGAGUCGGGACGCGCCGCCGCCAUCUUGCUGAUCCAUCAGCCGGAGAACAGCACAUUUAAUUACAUUUGCUACGUCCAGCACGAGGGGGGCAAAGCGGAGGCCCCACCAGUACCAGGUAAUGAAGGCUCGGUGAGUGUGUUGAGCAGUGAUGGAGCUUCAUGUGGAGACGCCGUCACAGAGAGCAGAGGAGCAGAGGACGGACAUUUCUCACUGCUGCUCCAAACAUUUGACUCCUUCUCUGUUUCAGAGGCUCCAGCUCCAGCAGCUUCCCGUCCUCCAGAGAGAGAGCCGACAGACCUGCCGGCUGUGCAGCAAGCUGACUUGUCAGUGUCAGUGUCCUUCCAGUCUCAGUGCAGGGUCAAGCUGCUCUUGCUGCUGUACUCAGUGCUGAUAGUGAAGAGUCUGGUGUACUGCUGUGGACUCUCUCUGCUGAUGAUCCUCAGAAACAAGGGACCGUCCACCAACUGCACACAUGCUGACUGACUGUUUCCUGCUCGCCUUUCCUCGCCAUCAGAUCUCAUCCCUUCAUCUCAUGCGUCGUCCUAAACGUACAAAUACAUACACACACAUAUAUAUCUGCAGUUACUGAGUGUAUAUUCUGUGGUAAAGUGUUAUUUUGAUCCUCUAGUUUAUUUCUGCUUUGAAUUGUGACUUUUAUAAUAAUAGAAAAUGAAGCUGAAUCAUUGGCUGCCUGCUACAGAUUUUAUUGUCUGUGGUAUUUUUCUGUUCUUGUCUUUCUUUUUAAUACAUGAUGCAGAGUGUGGCAGGUUUGUCAAAUUCUUUCACUCAAACAUUCUCAAUAAAGAGAAAAAUCACAGCGUGUUUCAUGAA